AUGAGCAGUUGGUCCUCGGUCGCGUUGGCCAUCGUUGCAGCCUACUGUGCUGUUCGGCCAGCACGCGCAAAGCAUGACCGUUACAUCCUGAGCGAAGAGCCCCGCAUCGAGUUGAGGAAGGGCUUCCUGUCAAAGUCGCAGACGUCGGCUCUUCGCUACCUGGCUGAGAGCGAGAUGUACCACGAUGUGGGCUCUGCAGAAGGUGGCAGCAAGUCUUCAUCAGACACUGCUGGCGGUGAAGAACUCUGCAUCCUCAACAUCUCAGAUGACUCUGACUUUGAGGAGGGCCCAGAAUGGACAGCUGUGGAAGAGUUUCUUGAAAGGGCGGUGACUUGGGCACAUGGGCAAUAUCCUCUGCAAGGAGGCGAUAGGCAGGAGCUUCCCGCAGUGUACGUGACCCGGUGGGAGCCUUGGCGGCCGGAUGGUGCCCUGAACAGAUCUGGGCCACUUGACAUUAAGCAUCAGAAUUCAAUGUGCACUUUUUACUUUGCAGCUCUCCGACCGCCUCUACAUUUGGAUGCCCGCCUUCACCCGGAGAGACGACGCACGGUUCUAGCGUAUUUGACUGGCUCCGGAGAUCUUGAGAAGUAUGGCGGAACCGUCUUCCCCUGUUUGGAGACUGACGAUAUGGAGGCUAAAGAGGUAGCAAGGCGCCACAGACUCUGCUCGCGAGCAGCGAGGCACUUGCAGCAUGCCCACGACAAGCUCAUGACACUUCGUCGGGAGGGCUUGGAGUUGCCGCCAUCCAAGCAGUACACCUUCCUUGAAGAGCAUCCGGAACUGGCAGGGCUUCCUGCAGAGACACCAGAAGGCAUCCGGCCAAUCAACUGGCUCUGGCUCCCAGGAUUCGAUGGCCUCGCUGCGGAGGCUCCAGGUCAACUCCGUGCAGAGCCUCUUCACCUGUUGGCUGAGGCGAUGUGCCAAGGAAAGGCGCCAGGCCUGCGCGUUUCGUCAAAGGAUGGGGACGCUUUGCUCAUGGACAUCUUGGAGCCUGCUUCCACUGCUUCCAGGGCUGAGGCGGCAAAGGUUGAUUGGCGUUUAUGGCAUGCCGGAUGCAGUGCGCUGGAUGGCAAAGGCCACAGGAUUACGGCACAGAUCUUUUUGCAUGAUGUGCACUCUCUAGGAGCUACAGAUGCUCAGAUUUGCAAUGAGUGCAAGGGGUCGCGCUGCGAUGCUCGCACUUGCAAUGCAGCGAAUCAGUAG